AUGUAUAUGCGGAUGAGCUGCAACUGCCCGCUGACCUCGGCCAUCGGUCCGACGCUGGCGUCGACCUGCGGCGGAGCCUCCUUCAUGCUGUUCAUGGGUCUGCUCGAGGUGUUCCUCCGGAGCCAGUGCGACCUCGAGGACCCCUGCAAUCGGCCCAUACCGCAAAAACGCGUCAACACGAGAUACGACUUUGUGGUGAUAGGAGGCGGAAGCGCCGGGGCGACUGUGGCCUCGCGCUUGUCAGAGGACAAUCGAUUCACGGUACUGUUGAUAGAGGCUGGACUCGACGAGCCCACCGGCACCCAGAUACCAUCGUUUUUCUUCAAUUUCCUCGGCUCGAGCAUCGACUGGAAGUACUCGACGGAGAGCGAGGACGAGGCCUGUCUGAAUAAGGAGGAUCGCAAGUGCUACUGGCCACGGGGAAAGGUAUUGGGCGGGACCUCGGUAAUGAACGGCAUGACGUACAUGAGGGGCUCCCGCAAGGAUUACGACGAUUGGGCGCUACUGGGCAACCCCGGCUGGUCGUACGAGGACGUCUUGCCGUACUUCAUCAAAAGCGAGGACAACGUUCAAGUGAACGACAUGGAUUACGGGUAUCACGGGGUCGGCGGCCCACUCACCGUCACCCAGUUCCCGUACCACCCGCCCCUCAGCCACGCGCUCCUUCAGGCCGGCAAGGAAAUGGGCUACCCGUCGGUCGACCUCAACGGCAGGACGCACACGGGAUUCAUGAUAGCCCAGACUACGUCGCGCAACGGCUCGCGGCUCUCGACCGCCCGGGCGUUCCUGAGGCCGGCGCGCAACAGGCGAAAUCUCCACAUAAUGCUCAACUCCACGGCCACGAGGGUACUGUUUGACCGCAGCAAAAAAGUCGUCGGCGUCGAGUUCGUUCACCUGGGCGAAGUGCACAGGGUCGCCGUAAACAAGGAGGUCAUCGUCAGUGGAGGUGCAGUGAACUCGCCCCAAAUAUUGCUCAACAGCGGGGUGGGGCCACGCGAGGAUCUGGAGACCGUCGGAGUCCCGGUGGUCCACGACCUUCCGGGGGUCGGUAGGAACCUGCAGAACCACGCGGCCUACGCUAUCGCGUUCACCAUCAACGACACCGACACGACUCCACUCAAUUGGGCCACUGCCGUCGAGUACUUGCUCUUCAGGGACGGCCUAAUGUCAGGCACGGGUAUAUCCGAGGUGACGGCUAUGAUAAACACAAAGUACGCGGACAAGAGCGAGGACCACCCGGACGUGCAACUGAUAUUCGGGGGCUAUCUGGCCGAUUGCUCCGAAACGGGGAUGGUUGGGGAGAAGAAGGGCUCGAACCGCGUGAUACUCAUUAUCCCGACCAUCCUGCACCCCAAGAGCCGGGGCUACCUGAAGCUGAGGAGCAACGACCCGUUGGACAAGCCCCUCAUCUACGCCAAGUAUCUGACCGAGCCGGACGACGUGGCCGCACUCAUCGAGGGCGUCAAGUUCAGCAUCGCACUCACCGAGACCAAGGCCCUCAGGCGGUACGGGUUCGCCCUGGACCGCACGCCGGUGAAGCACUGCGAGGACCUAAAAUUCGGCUGCGACGCUUACUGGGAGUGCGCGAUAAAGCACGACACGGCCCCGGAGAACCACCAGGCGGGCUCCUGCAAAAUGGGCCCGGACGACGAUCCCCUGGCCGUGGUGGAUCACAAUUUGCGGGUGAGGGGCGUCCAGGGGCUGAGGGUCGCCGACACCAGCAUCAUGCCGCGCGUCACCUCCGGCAACACCAACGCCCCGGCCAUCAUGAUCGGCGAGAGGGCCGCCGACUUUGUCAGGAAGACGUGGAUACGCUGA